AUGGAGCACCUCGGGGCUCAUCACCUGCACCAAGGGCAAGCCGAGCCCAUCAGCUUCGGCAUCGACCAGAUCCUCAACACGUCGGAGCCGGGCAGCUGCAUGGUGUCGCACCCUCGGCUGCAGGACUCGGCGGACUACGGGCUGGGUUGCAUCGUGGGCAGCGCCUAUAACACGGUCACGGGUGGCUACGGGGCGAGCGGCGGCGCGGCCGGAGCCUACACCGGCACCUCCUGCAGCAUGGGCGGCCUGCCCGGCUCCUACAACGUGAACAUGGCGGUGAGCAUGAACGGCAACACCUUGAGCUCGGCCGGCGGGGUGAUCCGCGUCCCGGCCCAUCGCCCCGUGGCCGGCGGCGUCCACCAGCCCCUGUCCGCCGCCGUGCCGGCGGUGAACGGCAUGAACAGCCUCACGGGGCUCACCUUCCCCUGGAUGGAGAGCAACAGGCGGUACACAAAGGACAGGUUCACAGGUCACCCCUACCAGAACCGCACGCCCCCCAAGAAGAAGAAGCCGCGCACCUCCUUCACCCGCCUGCAGAUUUGCGAGCUGGAGAAGCGCUUCCAUCGGCAGAAAUACCUGGCCUCGGCCGAGCGCGCUGCCCUGGCCAAGGCCCUCAAGAUGACGGACGCCCAGGUGAAGACCUGGUUCCAGAACCGGCGCACCAAAUGGAGGAGGCAGACAGCGGAGGAGCGGGAGGCUGAGCGGCAGCAAGCAAACCGCAUCCUCAUGCAGUUGCAGCAGGAAGCCUUCCAAAAAACCAUCAACCAGCCCAUCCAAGCAGACCCCAUCUGUGUCCACAACUCCUCUCUCUUCGCCCUCCAGAAUCUCCAGCCUUGGUCUGAUGACUCCACCAAGAUCACCAGUGUCACCACUGUCGCCUCUGCUUGUGAAUAAGUCUGGCACCCACUGGUGGCACCGACACCUUCUACCGGCGGGGCAGUCCCCAGGGGGACACAAGGCAUCCUUGGUGGGACAUGUAGCAACUCUGUUUCUCCCCGAGGAAGGCUGGAACCUCCUGAUCCUCUGGCCACGUGCAUCUUAUGUAUCCAGCCAGGGAAACCCUCCACAAGAAACAAAAAGAAGGAAAACCACCCCAAAAACUCUCCCCAGCCACGGAGUUGCUGGAGCAGCAAUGCUGUCUCACCUCCUCCCAACCCCUUUGUUGUCUUGAAAGUCUCCAGUGUCGACCCUGAACUUGCUGACAUGCUGCCAGACAAAAGCCCAGCCCUGACAGACACAGCCGCCGGUGUUCAUCCAGCUGGGGGAUAGGAAAACUUCCUUAGGAUUCUACUGGCGGCAGUGCCAAGUCUGUGUACACCCUUAUAUACCCACAUGUGUAUAUAUAUAUGUGGAUAUAUAUAUAUAUGUGCUUUGAACUGAUGGCUUGAAAGAAAAGGAGGAGGCUCCCUGGGAAGCACGUUUCUGCCGUGAGCCUUCUUGGGUUGUCCACACUGGGGACAUUCGGGGAUGCAACAAAUGGAGGAAACAGCAGCAAUUUCUGCUUGUGCCAGAUGGGAACCCUUCAGAUCUCACCUCGCUGUCUCUCCUCCCCUUUUUCAUUAAUUUUUUCUCGUGAAGGGGGAACAAGAGAAGGAUCUGACAGACUCCUGAGGACGGUAAAUAUGAUAUCUCAAUUGUGUGAAGGGCCCAAACAGUCCCUGGCUGCCACGGACUCUUUGCCCAUCAGCGAGUAUUUUAAUAAUGAGAAGACCUGGGUGGCAGUUUGUGGGGGUAAUGCAGUUUCUUUCCAUGGAAUAUUUCCAUAUAAUUUGCAAAAUGUUGUCCAAUGUUUUAUUUUAUCAGUUUACUGUUAGAAGGCAGUUCCUGACAGAAAAAAAUCGAUUUCACUCUCAGCUGUUUAACUUAGUUGUUCUUUUAAUUGUACCAAGAGAAUGAGACACAAUUAAACAAAGCACUUCUAGCAAAUGCCAGGAAUAUAUAGAUAUAUAUAUAAACAGUAUAUAUUUUUCAGUUACUUAUAAUCUAAAACAGCACUGCCAAUUUAAGCAGUUAGUACA